AUGAGUUUUAAAGACUUGGCUGAAGCUAAAAGAGUUGUAGGGUACUAUGCAGUUGCUAAUAGGAAGGGCCUUAAAGUUAAGAAGAGUGAGAAAAGUAGAGUUAGGUACAAAUGUGAUAUUGGAUGUCCUUUUGUAUGUUUUAUAUCCAAGGAUAACAGAGAUCAAGGAUUUAAGAUUAAGACUUUGAACAUAAAACAUGAAUGUGGUCCAGCAUUUCAGAAUAGAAGAGCUACUCCCAAUGCUUUAGCCCAUUAUUUCAAGAACAAAGUUCAAAAUAAUCCUAAGUACAAAGUUAAAGAUAUGAGGGUGGACUUGGAGGAUAGAUUCAGACUUAAUAAGUUGGAGGGUGGCUACAUUGAUGACUAUAAUAGGUUAGAGGCCUAUGCUCAAGAGUUGAGGGAUAGUAACCCUGGUACAGAUGUGGAAGAGGGAAAGAGGAUAUUUCUUAGAAUGUAUAUAUGCUUCCAAGCUUUGAAAAGUGGAUGGAAAGCAGGUUUGAGGCCUCUAAUAGGUCUGGAUAGCACAUUUCUAAACAGAAAAUGCAAAGGAAUUUUGCUAGUAGCAAUGGCACAAGAUUCUGCCAAACACUUUUAUCCACUUGCUUGGGCAGUGGUUGAUAGAGAAACAGGUAGAACUUGGAAGUGGUUUCUGGGGCUGCUGAGAUCUUCCUUAGAGCUGGGAGAUGAUGAAGGAGUGACAUUCAUUUCAUACAAGAAAAAGGGUUUGAUUGAUGUUGUUGCAACUUUGGUUCCUAAAUCACAUCAUAGAUGGUGUGUUAGGCACAUAGAAGCUAAUUGGAGGGGUGUAGAAAUGAAAAUGUUGUUAUGGUGGUGUGCUUGGAGCUCUUAUGAUGAAGAGUUCAAGGAUCAAUUGAGGACCCUAGAGACUAUUUCUGAACAAGCUGCUAAAGACCUAAUUUGGUACCCUCCACAAAACUGGUGUAGGGCUUAUUUUGACACAACAUGCAAGAAUCAGAUGGUUGAUAACAACUUCACAGAAUCCUUCAACAAAUAG